AUGGCUUGGUAUGCGUUGCUGAUGAUAUACGGGUCUUUCCGGAUUGAAGUUUAUAUUUGUGGAACCCCACUAUUAGGAAAAUUGUUGUACUUCCAAGACCUCGCAUCACCUUCCGUUCACACGGCAAGUUUGAUCGUGUUCUUGGAUUCGGAUUCGAUUCCACAAGGAAUGACUAUAAGGUUGUUAGAAUUGUUUAUAUUUCUGGUGGCACUGAGGUUUGACAUUUUUUCUCUUAAAGAGGGUGUUUGGAGAAACAUUAGUGUACCUAGUCUGGUACCUCGUAUCGGUUUUGAUCCAUUUCAUGCCUAUCUCAAUGGGGCUAUCCAUUGGGUUUCUGGAGGCGACGAUCAUCGCCUGUACAUUGUGUUAUUCAAUUUGGGUACUGAAGUAUUUUCAGAGAUGGAGCUACCAACGAGUCUACCACAUAGUUUGUCUUGUGCGGUGUUUCAAGACUCACUUUGUGCGUUCCACAUUGAUUCUUAUGAAUGCAAAGUGUCAGUCUGGGUGAUGAAAGAAUAUGGUGUUGUGGAGUCAUGGACCAAUUUGUUUAAUAUUGAUUAUAGUAGAGGAUUUGAUUUGAGAGAAGUGGGGCCAUUGUCCAAUUGGUUUAAUCUUGAUUCUAGUAUACCGUCUGGACACAAUGUUCGGGUUAUAGGGUUGAGGAGGAAUGGUGAAGUUGUUUUGGUAAAAGAUGGGUGGAUGAUUUCAGUUGACAUAAAGGCUCGAACAUUCGAGUAUCUAGGAUUCCGUGGAUAUGAUGCAGCACUUUCUGUCAAUACUUACACAGAGAGCUUAGUCUUGAUUGACAAAGCAAAUGGAUUGCAAGAAGGAUGA